AUGGCCAUCAACGUGGGGAAGGCAAACCUUGUGGAGCACUUGGAGCUCAUCCUCAGUCUCCGUGGCUCCUACCCGAUAGUGGCAAUCGAUACGGAGUUCCCGGGGUUCAUUCGCGACACCCCUCGCAAUGCCACCGAAGAAGAAAGAUACAAUGACGUGAAGCACAACGUGGAUAACAUGCACCUGAUCCAGCUGGGCGUCGCCUUGUUCGACGAAGGCGGCAACACCCCAUGGCCGGGGUGCUGUUGGCAGUUCAAUUUUUCGGAUUUCGAUCCCGAUGUGGAUGCUUCCUCUCCCGACUCCAUCGAGUUGUUGGCACAGAGCGGGCACGACUUCCAGCAAUACCGACGACACGGCAUCGACGCGCGGCGGUGCGCCUAUCUGGUAUGCGUGAAGCUCUUCUGCCAACCCUACAGCUCCAAGUAUGUUACGUUUCACGGACUCUACGACGUGGCUUUUGUGAUAAAGAUGAUCACCCGAGCCCCACUGCCCAACACCUUGAACGAGUUCUCUGAUUUGGUGAGGACCAUCUUCGGCCAGAUUUAUGAUCUCAAAUAUAUAUCUCGAUUUUGUGGAGGACUGCGUCGGGGAGAGAUUGGUUUGGUGGGACUAUCAAGGUUAUUGAACUUUGAACCCGUAGGGAUCCGUCACCAAGCAGCAUAUGACAGUCUACUAAUUGGGGCACUCUUCAACGAAAUGAAGCAACGAAGGCAUAACGUAGAGGACGACAGAUCUGCAUCGGUCCUCUAUGGUAUAGAGAAUAGAUGCGUCGAGAACAGGAGGACUCGAAGGAUUGACCGCAGAGCUCGCUCGCUUGAGACAAAGGCAACAUCUUUUGCCUCGCUCGAGACAAAGAUUGUGAGAUUGCAGGAGACCCGCGCAAAGCCGGAGUUGGAGGAGUGGGUGACCGACGUCGGUGCAGCCAUUGUGGACGUCGACGAUCUGCUCGGUAGGAUCCUUGACUGGCAUCCAAGAGGAGGAGCGGUUGCAGCAUCGAAUCACUUGUCACACUCCAUCUGCAGCAUCCGAGUGGCCUCUCGCCAAGCCAUUCUAUCGGAGCUCAAGGAGAUGGUGCGCAGGCUGUGUUGGGCUGAUAGCCCAUAUUCCGCCCAUGUGGGCUAG